CAUCCAGCGGUGGGGGAAGAGUUACUCGGUUCAGUCCUUUUUCAGUUUAACCAACGGUGGUCCUGAUCAGACUCGCCAUGGCGGAGGAAGGGCCAGAUGUGCUCCUAAAAGCCCGGGAGAGGACUCUGAGCGUCUUCCGAGAAGAUGUGGAGCAGAAAUGGAAAGGACCUUUCUACUUUAUCCAAGGAGCAGAUCCCCAGUUUGGGUUGAUGAAAGCGUAUUCAAUUGGCGACUGUAGUAGCGGAGGUGAUGAAUGGGAAGAGGAGCACCUAUUAACUCAGCAAGCUGUGCAAGCAAUUAACCGCCUGAGUCCCAGACCGAAAUUCUUUGUAUUGUGCGGGGAUCUCGUCCAUGGCAUGCCAGGGACGCCGUGGCGGAAGGCCCAAACACGUGACCUGAAGGACAUCCUGAAGGGCGUCAGCCGUGACAUCCCCGUGGUUUUCGUCAGUGGCAAUCACGACCUCGGGAACGCACCGACCCCGGAGACGAUUGAGGAUUACUGCCAGGAGUGGGGAGACGAUUACUUUAGCUUUUGGGUCGGAGGCGUCUUCUUCCUCGUGUUGAACACUCAGCUUUAUUUCGAUGCUUCCAAAUGCCCCGAAUUGAAGCAGGCUCAAGACGCGUGGCUUGACCGCCAGCUAGCGGUGGCCGAAGAGAAGCAGUGUCAGCACGUCGUCGUGUUUCAGCACAUCCCCCUGUUUCGAAAAGACCCCAAUGAAGCCCAUGACUACUUCAACCUGGACGAGUCGAUUCGACGCGAACUGUUGGGAAAAUUCCACAAAGCAGGUGUUAAAGCGGUGUUUUCCGGGCACUACCACAGAAACGGCGGAGGGACGCACAACGGUCUUGACAUGGUGGUUUCGUCGGCCAUCGGAUGCCAGUUGGGAGAAGACACCCAUGGGCUGAGAGUAGUCGCUGUCACUCCGGAAAAGAUCACUCACAGAUACUACAGUUUAGACGAAAUGAGUAAUCAUCAAGGAAUCGAAAAAGAGCUUACGGCUUUGAUGAAGCCAAAUUAGCCCUUUCCUUGCCAA